CGAGAGGGAGAAAGAGGCAGAGCUGCAGACGCGGAGUGCAGAAGAGCCUGCGAGGCGGUGAGGGAGACACAGACAUAGACGUGCUGAGGGCUGGGAGUGGGAAUCGCAGCGGCACCUGACUGUGGUGUCAGCCGCGCGUUAGCAUCCGUAGCAGCAGCAGCAGCAGCAGCUGUGAGUCUCCAGGACCCAGGGAGAGAGAGGAGAGGAGACAAGAGACGAGAAGUGCGGAGAGGUGCGCAGCCCCGUGUAACCGCCUGUCCGGAGGAGCAUGGCAGACCAGCCUGGGCAGGCGACGGCAGAGCAGGAGCGACACAGCAGGACCGGGGCUGGGGGAGUGACUGGCUCUGGAGCCGGGAGCGGGGCAUGAGCAGGGCGCUCCGGAGCUGCGCCGUGGCCGCCCAGCACGCACCAGCACCCAGGCUGAGCCCUGGCCAAGGUUCCCUGAGCGUGGAAGACGGGAGUGGUGGGGACGCGGGGGAGAUUAUGCAGCGAGCGGCGGAGGUCUCUUAUGGACAACGCGCUCUCAAGCGGCAACAGGACCGGUAGCCGGAGCUCUCUCUGCUUGCUGCAGUCACACAGCUGUCUGUGGACCCACCUUCAGCACACAGCACAGGCUCCUGAAGCGGUAGCAGCAAGCGUACUGUAGUUCUCUCAGUGAACUCCGAGCCACCGCUAGCUCUAUCCCCUAAGUGUAGCAUUAGCAACCGAGGUAGGGCUUUGCAAAAGUUUGCAAAGGCAUCCUUCCGCGUGGCGUCGUCGCCACAGGCCGUCACAGUCGCAUGCGUAGCGUCCCGGGAAGCCGUCGUUCUGAAGGCGCGUGCCUGUGGGCUGUAGCCGUGGAGACGGGGGGUGGAGGGGAGCGCUUGUAGCAGCAGGCAGAGCAGUGGCCCUGGACACUGAGUGAGGCAGGUUGGCUGAUGAAGGCCACCUGGAUCCGACUGCUGAAAAGAGCCAAGGGAGGUCGCGUCAAGAGCCCCGACGCCUGCGGUUCGGCGGACUCCUACACCAGCCGUCCAUCAGACUCAGAUGUGUCCCUGGAGGAGGAUAAGGAGGCGGUGCGAAGAGAGGCCGAGCGCCAGGCCCAAGCCCAGCUCGAGAAGGCCAAGACUAAACCGGUUGCCUUUGCCGUCCGCACCAACGUCCACUACAGCGGCGGCCAUGACGACGAUGUCCCAGUGCCCGGCAUGGCCAUUUCCUUUGAGGCUAAAGACUUCCUCCAUGUCAAAGAGAAAUUCAAUAAUGACUGGUGGAUAGGCCGCCUGGUGAAGGAAGGCUGUGAGAUCGGCUUCAUCCCCAGUCCUGUGAAGAUAGAGAACACUCGCAUCCAACACGAACACAGGGCCAAGCAGGGCAAGUUCCACUCCAGUAAAUUGGGAGCAAACUCGUCCUCCAGUUUAGGUGAAGUGGUUCCUAACUCUCGGAAAUCUACCCCUCCUUCUUCUGCCAUUGACAUAGACGCCACAGGCUUAGACCCAGAGGACAAUGAGCUUCCAGUCAACCUGCGCUCCCCUAAAGCCAGUCCAAACACAGUCAUGUCUCCCCUAGCAAAAGAGAAACGAAUGCCUUUCUUUAAGAAGACGGAACACAUUCCUCCAUAUGACGUUGUGCCUUCCAUGAGGCCAGUGGUCCUAGUGGGACCUUCGCUGAAGGGCUACGAGGUGACGGACAUGAUGCAGAAGGCGCUGUUUGACUUUUUAAAACACAGAUUUGAGGGGAGGAUAUCCAUCACCAGGGUGACGGCGGACAUCUCUCUCGCCAAACGCUCAGUCCUCAACAACCCCAGCAAGCACGCCAUCAUCGAGCGCUCCAACACACGCUCCAACCUAGCUGAGGUCCAGAGUGAGAUCGAGAGGAUCUUCGAGCUGGCCCGGACCUUACAGCUCGUGGUUCUGGACGCCGACACCAUCAACCACCCAACCCAGCUGGGCAAAACCUCUCUGGCACCCAUCAUUGUCUACGUGAAGAUCUCCUCGCCCAAGGUUCUUCAGAGGCUCAUUAAGUCCAGAGGGAAGUCUCAGGCCAAGCACCUCAACGUCCAGAUGGUAGCAGCCGACAAGCUGGCACAGUGCCCGCCUGAGAUGUUUGACAUCAUCCUGGAUGAGAACCAGCUGGAGGAUGCCUGUGAGCACAUGGCUGAUUACUUGGAGGCCUACUGGAAAAGCACCCACCCUGCCAGCUGUAGCCCCCCCAACCCUCUGUUAGCCAAGCUGGCCACGGCCGCCCUGCCCUCGGGCCCAGCCCCGGUCUCCAGCAUGCAGGGCAGCGGGGCAGAGCAGAAAGGGGAUAAGGCAGUGGGAGAGAGGAAGGGCUCCAGAGAGGACCACCACCACCACCAGAGCCAGGACCAGGGAGACCCGGAGGGGGAGGAGGACGAGGCAGAGGGGGAGGGCAACGAGGAGGAGAGGCCCCUAAGGACAGAGUCCUCCAGGAGGCCCCAGCACAUCCACCACCGCUCCUCCUCCACCAGGACUGAGCACCACAACCACCACCACCACCACCACAACAGCAGCCGAGCCAGGGGACUCUCCCGGCAGGAGACCCUGGACUCUGAGACCCCCGAGAGCCGGGACUCGGCCUACAUAGAGCCCCGCGCUCACCUGCUCCACCAGGAGGAGGAGGAAGAAGUGGAGGAGGAGGAGGAGGAGGAAGAGGAGGAGCUGGGGGAGGGGCACCCCCAGCAGCAGCAGCGCUACGAGGCGCUACCUCAUCGGGACCACAACCACCAUCACCACCACCAUCACCACCGCGCAGGUGCGGACGAGGCCGGGGGCCACGGCCCAGGGCACCACCGCUCCAAGGAGCGCGAGCAGGACCACAACGAGCGCAACAAGCCUCGUGGUCACCAACACCACCGACCAGCACGUGAUCACCACCACCACUACUACGACCGCGACAGGGACCGAGAGGGGGAGGUGGCCCCCAAAAAGAGGGGGGACACAGGGGACUGGGCCAGAGACUCCUACAUUCACCAGUGACAAACUAGCCCUUCCCAGUCCCCUGAGGACCCCACCACACACACAAACACACACACACACAUACACACAUACAAAGACACACUAAGUCAUAGUGCUCACACUCCGUUCUUGAAAACCGUUCAGUUCUCCCACUGUGCUGCUACACUCCCUCCCCAAACCCCUGCCUCCCGUUAAUGUAUGCUUCCUUUGUAAAAGCUGUUGCUACCCUAGCAACGGCAGUAUUUUGAUUAUAUAGAAAUAGAUAUGAAUAUAUACAGUAUGUAUAUGUGUGUGUGUGUAUCUAUGCAUAGACGUGGUCGUUUAUGCUAGGGUAUGCAUGACUAUUCUCAAAUAUGCAUAUUUUAAAGCCUGUGUUUGGUAAAGCACGACAGAGCAGAAUUAUUUUCUGUGCUGAGCUGUGCUUUCUGUGAUUAGCCUUUUGAAAAUUGAUUUUAGAUGUGUGUUUUUUUAAUUUAUAUAUUUUUUUUUUUUUUUUGCUUGCUGCCACUUGAACAAUUGGUUCUUUCAGACUACUGCUAGGAUUGACUAUAGGAAGUGGGGUUAGGUGACCUACUGUAACCCAGUUAGGUUAUGCUGUAUUUGCAGAUGUAUUAUUAUUUGUUUUGGUUCCUAUUUUAUUGCUUGCUUUUUAUUCUGCUUCAUUAAUUUUAGAUGUUUGGUCCUCUGAUAUUGAAGCCUCCUUGGGGCGCACCUUAGUCUUGCCUUACAAGACAACAGAAUAGUGACAUAACUUCCUGUCUUACAUUGCAGUACUGUUCUAUUUAUAAGGGUCCAGUAACAUUUUAUAACAUUGAUACACCUUCUGUUGAGCACUUUUAAUAUAGAACGUUUCACAUUGGUGUCCAGUGAUCAAGACUUGAUGUUUCCAUUUUAAUUGUCAGUCAUUUGUCUGCAACUGAUCUCCAUGGUAGCUUACGAGUUCUAGCUAGAAGUCUUUUCUACCAACUCAAACUCACCCGACAGUAUAAUUAGAUGAAGAAUGUGUAUUAUGAAAUAACCUUGAAAAUAUUUGACUGAAGGAAAAAAAUAUUUGUUAAUGAGACAAUUCUAUGAACCAAAUUUACUCCUUUACCUUGCCAAAUGCACAAUUUAUAGUUUGGGUGUAAUUGAAAAUCAAUCACCCCAUCUAACCGACAGAAUGUACAUGCUUGUGCUCGUGUGAAUACUCCAGAGCAGAUAAAAGUCUGUCUAUGGGAUGGGCACCUCCUGCCAUUGUACCACCCAGUACAGAUUUAGUCAAUCCAGAAACAGGGUCAGAGAUUCAGGAUAACUUGAGAUCAAUGUGUGAUUCACACAUUUCACACCUAGACUCUCUCAGUAAAAGUGUGACAUUAUACUGCAUGAACCAUGUGAAAACCAGAUGUUCCUCCGUCAAACAAGCUGCCCUCGCCACAAUAAGGGAGUUGAUACACUGUCCUCUGUUUACAUUUCUACCUGUCCCCCUGGUAUUCAUGAUCAGACUUUUAGUUUAUAGGUUUUGCCUAAAAUAUAAUUAUAACAAACUGUCCAUUUAUAUGCUACUCUAGUAGCACCCUACACAUUUUUUAUGGUGUACAUUUGUAUGUACAUAAUGUAUAAAUACAAAGAAUAAACUUGGUGAAGGAUCAA